UUCGGCUCCAAGAUACGUUCUCCCCCUCUUUCUAUAAAUGAUCUCCAAACUCUAUCCUGACUGCAUAUCAAAAUCUCCACAAAAAAUUUCAAAAGAAAAGCAGAGAGGAUCAGAGGAAGAAGAUAAGGAGUCUGAAAUCGAGAAAGAGAGAUGGGUGGAGGAACAGAAGCUUUUUCAGAUUUAGGAAGCCAUUGCCAAAACUCCGAUUGCCGCCAACUCGAUUUUCUCCCCUUCCGAUGCGAUGCUUGUGACCACGUUUUCUGCUCCGAACACAGAUCGUAUAAAUCUCACGACUGCCCCAAAUCGGACCGCAAUAACCGGAAGGUGGUGAUUUGUGAGACCUGCUCCAUGUCAAUGGAGACCACCGGCUGCGACGGCGAAGAUGAGAAGGCCGUAUUACUGAGGCACGAGAAAUCCGGUCAUUGCGACCCGAAAAAGAAGAAGAAACCCACCUGUCCGGUGAGGCGGUGCAAAGACGUGUUGACUUUUUCGAAUACGAGCUAUUGUAAGACUUGCCGGAUCCGGGUAUGCUUGAAGCAUCGAUUCCCGGCGGAUCACGGUUGCAAUGCUGGAGCCGCAUCCUCGAUUUCCGUCGGGUCACGGUUGAUCAAGGAUCUAGGGGGAGUUGGCAAUAAGUUUAUGAUUGCUUUUGCUGCAAGGAAUGGGAAAGAUUGUGGGAAGGAUGGUCAAGCAUCUAAAUCUUCUCAAUCUUCCACGCCCUCUUCGGUUAAAGCUUGUUGAAGAUUUGGAUUGAAAUCCCUUCCUUAGUAUGUUGUCUUACAUAUACAAGUAGCAAAAACGAUGUAAUCUGCUGUUGUACGUUUAAAGUUCUCAAUAAAAGGUUGCCCAGUUACUUGUCCUCCAUUUUGUCUCAACAUGCUAGUUUACUUUGCCAUUUAAUAUGAACUUCAUACUUUGCAAUUUGUAAUUGUGAUAAAAUUUAGGCUCC